AUGUGCGAAGACGCGGGUUUCGAGGAUAUCUCCGUCUGUCGAAACCCGGAUUACAUGGACCUCGCCCCGCGACUCGCGGCGAACGGCACCACGACCAAACCCGAAGAAAACGACGAAUACGGGGGAGUGGAGGAGGAAGAAGAGGAAGAGGAGGAGGAAGGGGGAGAAGCGGGAGAAGAGGGCGACGAGGUGGAAGGGGAGGAAGGGGGAGGCGGGAAGGCGGCAAAAGGGGGUUCAGCGGUGGCAAUGGUGUGGUCGGGGCGAGUGUUUGCACUGCACGACGUGUAUGUGAACAACAAGGGGCAGGUGUUCAACGCCACACAUGUUUUCAACCCCAACGGCUGCUACGCCGAAGACAAGGUGCGCGUGGGUGCGAGGGGGAGGGAGGAGGGAGAGAGGGACGAAAAGUUCCACUACGAGGCAGGCACGCGAGUCUCCUCCUACAACUUCCUCAUUAACCUGCCGUUCCACUACGAGGCGGGCACGCGGGUCUCCUCGUACAACUCGCUGGUGAACCUGCUGGUGAUCGGCGGCACGCCCGGAGCGCGGGUGCCCUUCCACGAGGUCCUGGAGCUCGUGCCGCUCUUCCUGCCGCUCUCCCGCGUGCUCAAGAAGCACGGCAAGCCCGCCCUCGUCAUGCGCGGCAAGAAGCUGCCUCGAGUGGUGGGCAUCACCAUGGGUCGCAUGCUCUCCUUUGGGGAUGCCGCUCGCCUCCUCUUCGUGCGGACACUCAUCCAGCACCCCAGCCCCUCCCUCUGGUCCAAGCUCCGCUCCUCGCACUUCCUGCAGCCCCGCGGUCUCCCCCUCCUCAACCCUGACUGGUCCGAGCGCCUCCCCCCCUCCUCCCCCAAGACGCACUCCCCCCCCGCCGCCAUACCCCCCUGGGAGACGAGUGGGGUGAAGGAGGUGAUAGUGCUGGAGCCACCAGCAGCAGUGCAGGUGAAGGGCUUUGCCGGGAUAGUGGCGGGGCUGAAGGGCAGGUUUGGCGCGGAGCAUGUGAGGCUGGUGGGCAGGUUCCAAAGGGAUGAUGCUCGGGAUCUGUUUCCCCGGGCGGCGCUGCUUGUCAGCGUCACGAGCCCGUUUCUUGUCAACCUUGCGUUUCUGCCGCCCCGCGCUGCCCUGCUGGAGCUCCGCCCGCCGCCCGCUGAGGUGGAUGCGGUCAUCGCUGACUCAGUCGCCAGCCUGGCAGCCGCCUGCCAGAUUCACCACCGCGUGAUCCGAGGAAGCUUCGUGGAAGGAGCGGCAGGUGGGGGAAGAGGAAAAGGGGCAGAGGAGGGUGCAGGAAAGGGUGUGGUGGAGUGGAGGAGCGGGGCAGUGGAGGCAGCAGCGAUGUUUCUGGCUCGAGUGGUGGGCAAGGCAUUAACGGCGGAUGAGAAAGUGGUAGAGGAGGCAGUUCUGACAGCCGCCGACCGGCGAAUGAGAGCCGCGCAGCUGGCGCAGGCAUCCACCAGUAAGCAGCCGCUCAUUCCCGGCACGCAGAUCCAAUCUCUGCAGUCCGCCGCCCGCUUCCGGCGCUGGCUGCGGUGCGUGAGUCAGCGCGGGCGAUGGGCGUACAACGCAACGCCGCGCAUCCUCCCUUGGGAGUACCUCGGAACCAUGAACCUGUGCGACCACCGGCACCAGGAGACCACCGGGGGACUCGUGACGAAAAAAGCCGACAAGUAUGUGAUGGAGGGCGGCGCGUCGGGCGGCUGGAGCGUGCGCGAGUCGCUCAAAUACGAGUGGAGAACGCCGCCCGGGAAGUGCCCGAUCGGCCUGCUGAGGCAGUUUGACGGGGAUACGUUUUGCCGGAAGGCGGAGGGGCGGAAAGGCGGGCUGAAUUUGGUGUUUCUGGGGGAUUCGUUGGCGCACCAGAUGGUUGUCAGCUUCCUCAACGGCCUCCUCAGACACAUUCCCAAACCUGCCGUGUGGGCUGUGAAUGAAACGAUUCCCCAGGAGUGCUCUGAUUGGCUGGUGGAGCCCCCAAGGCAUGCCUACUGCCGAGUGUACACGUUUAACGAGAGUGUUUGUCCCGGCCUCAAGGUUCAAUUCGUGCGGAACGACCAUCUGUGGUUCACUUCGCCUGGAGAAGCCAAGUUUGACCACAUUCCAUGGCACUUGUACUCUGGGUUGAACGAUGCUCAUGUGGUGGUGGUGAAUCGAGGCGCGCACUUCAUUGGAGGGAAGGACUUCGAGAGGAGUGUGCCGGCUGCGUUGUCAUUUCUCCGCAAGAAGCUGCCCGACGCGCUCAUCAUCUGGAGGAACACCCCCCCCGGCCACGCCAACUGCACCACCUACAUUGGGCCGAUUAAAAAGCGCCAAAAUCCGGAGAUUCUACCGUUCCACUGGGACAUGUUUACUCGGCAGAACAAGCUGGUGCGAGGCAUGAUGCAUGAGGUGGGAGCAGUGUACAUGGAUGUGGAUACUGCCACCUCGCUGCGACCCGACUCGCACAAAGGCUUUGUGGAAGAGAGGGGGAUCCUAGACUGCCUUCACUAUUGCACGCCCGGUCCGACAGAUAUGUGGGUGGAGCUUCUAGCUGAUAUAAUAUUGCGUGGAGUUUAUGGGGAUGGGCUCGCUCCUUUAGGCUUGACAUGA